AUGUCCUUAGCUAAGGUCCCCAUCGUUGCUGUGUUAUCCCUUGCUUUCAAGGAAAUGUUGACGUCGCCCCAUCCAGACCCUCCGAAAGGCGAAGAGGUUCCAUCGGCUAGCGUGGAUGUUUCCAUAGCGCGGGACAUCAUACUCACAUCGUCAUAUGUCGGUCAGAUCAUCCUUGGAACGGCCGAAAUUGCCACAAUAUUAGCAUACACUAGUCCUUCAUCCCCUCUAUCUCAGCACCUUCUGUCGGCCCUGACAUUUCCUGGUGGGGAUCCCAGCCGACUUCGCCUGAACGCUUUCAGCAUAUUGGGAGCCAUUUUAUGGCUUGCUGGCGCUGCGAUACGAAUGCAGUCGUAUCAACAUAUGGGAAAAUUUUUCCGCUUUACCGUCAGCAUUCAGAAAGACCAUAAAUUGAUCACCACCGGACCGUAUGCAUACGUUCGUCACCCAAGCUACAGUGGCCUUAUGCUGGCUGAUAUUGGCUGGUUCUUAUGGAACGGGUCGCAAGGAUCCUGGAUAAGAGAGUCGGGUUUGUGGAGUCAUAGUAUCGGCAGAUCGGUCCUAACCUUGUUCACCGUUUGCUUCAUACUGUCUCCUCCGUUCGUCACAUUCUUGCGCGUGGAGAAGGAAGACGAUGCGCUGAAAAAGCAAUUUGGGAAGGAAUGGUUAGAAUGGCGGGAAAAAGUACCUUACCGUAUCAUCCCUGGUGUCUAUUAG